CAUAGCGCACCGACGCCACCACACCCACCUGUGUGAAGCCGAGGAAGCGAAGGCUCAAGCCGGCCCCCCUCGCACGUGCCACACGCUUCUUCCGCUUGAAAUCUCCCUCCGCCUCACAAACCCUCUGCUUCGGCCCCCGAUCGUCUCAGAUCUGCUGCUAUUUCGUACCCCUAAAUUCCAAGAACGAGUCCUUCCGCACAUGGGGAUCCCGUCCCCGAAAUCUUGAAUUCCUGCCGCAGAUCCAAGCCCGCCAUGGCGACGGAGGCCGUCCCAGUCCGCCUCCCUUACCGCCACCUUGACGACGCCGAGGUCGAACUCGCCCGCCUCGACGGGGAUCCCAACGGCCAGAUCCACGAAUCCGAGGUCUCCUGCAGCGUCCCCAUCCCUUCCUCUUCGCCUUCUUCCUCCUCGAGCCCUUCGCGGCCGCGGGAGAGGACCGGUUGGAAGACGUUGAUUCUUAGUUGUAUGGUUGCCGCCGGCGUGCAGUUCGGUUGGGCCUUGCAGCUAUCGCUGCUUACACCCUACAUCCAGACAUUAGGAAUAGAGCAUGUUUUUUCAUCAUUCAUUUGGCUUUGUGGACCAAUAACUGGCUUCGUUGUUCAACCUUGUGUUGGUAUAUGGAGCGAUAAAUGCCAUUCAAAAUAUGGAAGGAGGCGACCAUUCAUUUUUGUUGGCUGUGUCAUGAUUUCUUUUGCUGUAAUUUUGAUUGGGUUCUCUGCUGAUAUUGGCGCCAUUCUAGGUGAUACUAAGGAACAUUGCAGAAAUUAUAAAGGUCCCAGAUGGCGAGCAGCUGCUGUGUUUGUGAUUGGAUUUUGGAUGCUGGAUCUUGCUAACAAUACAGUGCAAGGUCCAGCUCGUGCUCUUCUAGCAGAUCUCUCAGGCCCUGACCAAUGCAAUUCUGCAAAUGCCAUAUUUUGCUCAUGGAUGGCUCUUGGAAAUAUUUUAGGGUUCUCAUCUGGUUCAAGUGGACUUUGGCACAGGUGGUUUCCUUUUCUGACAACAGAGGCUUGCUGUGAAGUUUGUGGAAAUCUAAAGGCUGCCUUUCUGGUUGCUGUGGUGUUCCUUACAUUUUGUAUGCUCGUGACUCUAUAUUUCGCUAAAGAAAUCCCACUCGAACCAAAGCCUGCACAACAUUUGUCCGAUUCUUCACCUCUAUUAAAAGAUCCUGAGCAGUACCAGCAUCUAUCAUUACAACCUAAGUGGGAGAAAUUAGAUAAUGGCCACAACUCUAGAAUCAAUAUGAUGGAUGAUAGAGCUAGCACAGAUGGUUCUGUGGACUUUGGGCAUGGCAGUGAUAGGGGACAAAUUGAAGCCCUUGAUGAUGGACCUACUGCAGUUUUGGUUAACAUUUUAACAAGCAUGAGGCAUCUGCCGCCUGGAAUGCAUUCUGUGCUUCUUGUCAUGGCCCUUACCUGGUUGUCGUGGUUCCCCUUCUUCCUUUUUGAUACCGAUUGGAUGGGACGAGAAGUAUACCAUGGGAAUCCAAAUGGGGAUACAACCCAACAAGCUGACUAUCAAAAUGGCGUCAGAGAAGGUGCAUUCGGUUUGCUACUGAAUUCAGUUGUUCUUGGAGCUAGCUCUUUCUUUAUUGAUCCAAUGUGCCGGAAAAUGGGUGCAAGAUUAGUGUGGGCAAUGAGCAACUUUACCGUGUUUAUUUGUAUGGCAGCUACUACAGUCAUAAGCUUGUUGUCUAUCAGUGAAUACUCUAAUGGAAUUCAACAUGUCCUUGGAGGAAAUAAGGCCAUUAAGGUGGCAGCAUUGGUUAUCUUUUCAGUUCUCGGGUUUCCUCUAGCUAUUACGUAUAGUGUUCCAUUUUCUGUGACAGCAGAAUUGACUGCUGGCUCAGGUGGAGGACAAGGACUGGCUACUGGAGUUCUGAAUCUUGCGAUCGUCAUUCCUCAAGUUGAUGAUUGUAGCUAUCGGUGCAGGGCCUUGGGACGCCCUCUUCGGGGGAGGGAACAUCCCUGCUUUUGCCUUAGCUUCUGUCUUUUCUUGUGCAGCUGGCAUUCUUGCUGUCUUAAAAUUACCAGGACUUUCAAAUGCCUACACUUCUGUUGGCUUCCACGGAUUUGGUUGACUUACUACCGAUACAGAGUUAUAUUUUAGGAUCUCAUAUGUCAAGCACCACAGCCAAUUGAUAUUUAUUCCUAUUCUUUUUCCAUUUAUAGGUUGCAUGCAAUAAUAGGUAAAAUAAAAUUUUUAUCAUUAAGAUGUCAAUGAGUUAAAUUCAUGUGCAUUUGAAGGGUAUAGGGUCAUUACCACUGGAACCAUUACUUGAGGAUAUUUCAUGUUUGUAUUAUAUCACUAUUUGAUGUUGGUUGACCCUUGUGAUAGUUUUGUUUUUAUGAAUGAUCCUGUAAUAUUGGAACAGUUCUUCCUUACUGCUGAAAAUGAAAUCUCAUAUGUUCUAUGUGCUGUUCA